GGCCACGCGCCAAAGUGUUUCUGAUCCCUGAUUUCUUUCUUCUGCCUGCUUGCUGUCGAGUGAGCAGCCAACGCGGGACGGGCUCCCCUCUCGAAGCACCCGCAGCUCCGCGCCUCCGCUUGCCGCAACUCCGCCUCUCCGCCCGCCAGCACUUCAGACGGCUCCACCAAGAAAAAGGAAACGACUUACAAAGUACCAUUUUCCUGCCCUGCUUACAACUAAGGAGAAUUUGAAAGUGCAAUUUGAAAAAAAUUGGCUUUUUCAUCCAACAUGACCGGUGGCCCAGCCUUGUCAUUUGCUCGUUGCCUGCUGAGGAGAAAAAUUGUCAACGGGGACAGUCUUGAAGAUUCCAAGCUAUGCCGCUGCUUAUCAACUGUGGAUCUUAUUGCUUUAGGAGUGGGAAGCACCCUUGGUGCUGGUGUUUAUGUCCUUGCUGGAGAAGUUGCAAAAGCAGAUUCUGGACCUAGUAUUGUACUUUCUUUCCUCAUAGCUGCCCUAGCUUCUGUUAUGGCUGGACUUUGUUAUGCAGAAUUCGGUGCUCGUGUCCCAAAGACUGGCUCAGCCUAUCUGUACACAUAUGUAACUGUUGGUGAAAUCUGGGCUUUUAUCACUGGCUGGAAUCUCAUUUUGUCCUACGUUAUAGGUACUUCAAGUGUUGCAAGAGCAUGGAGUGGAACCUUUGAUGAACUUCUUGGAAAACAAAUAGGUUAUUUUUUUGGAACCUACUUCAGAAUGAAUUAUUCCGGUUUAGCAGAAUAUCCAGAUUUUUUUGCAGUCUGUCUAAUAUUACUUUUAGCAGGACUUUUAUCAUUUGGAGUAAAAGAAUCUGCAUGGGUAAAUAAAGUCUUCACCGCUGUUAACAUCUUGGUUCUGCUCUUUGUUAUGAUUUCUGGCUUUGUGAAAGGCAACAUUAUUAACUGGAAGAGAUCUGAAGAAUUUCUGAUAAACUACACUGCAGAAAUAAAAAAUCUAUCAUCCUUGGAGAAUGUGACAAGUAUAUUUGGAGCUGGUGGCUUCAUGCCAUAUGGCUUUACCGGAACACUAGCUGGCGCUGCAACCUGCUUUUAUGCCUUCAUAGGAUUUGAUUGCAUUGCAACUACUGGGGAAGAAGUCAGGAAUCCUCAGAGGGCCAUUCCUAUUGGAAUUGUAUCAUCUCUACUUGUCUGCUUUCUGGCCUAUUUUGGAGUUUCAGCUGCUUUGACUCUUAUGAUGCCAUACUACUUACUUGAUGAGAAAAGUCCCCUCCCUGUAGCAUUUGAGUAUGUUGAAUGGGGCCCAGCGAAAUACCUUGUAGCAGUGGGAUCUCUGUGUGCUUUAUCAACAAGUCUCCUUGGAUCCAUUUUCCCUAUGCCUCGUGUAAUCUAUGCUAUGGCAUCGGAUGGUUUGCUUUUCAAAUGUCUAGCUCAAAUCAACCCCAAAACGAAGACUCCACUUGUUGCAACUUUAUCAUCAGGGGCUGUCGCAGCUCUAAUGGCUUUUCUCUUUGACCUAAAAGCCUUAGUAGACAUGAUGUCAAUUGGUACACUUCUUGCAUACUCAUUGGUAGCUGCUUGUGUUCUCAUACUUAGGUACCAACCCAAUUUACACUAUGAGCAACCAAAAUAUUCAGCAGAAAAAGAGGCCCUUGCAAGAUCAGAAGGCGAAUGUAAAAGUGAAUCUCAAAUUAGUAUGAUACCAAGAAAGAGGUUUAAUCUGCAAAUGCUGACUAAUCCAUCAAGUUUACCAACUGAACAGUCUGCUACUGUGGUGAGCCUUCUUGUGGGUCUUUUGGCUAUCCUGAUUUGUGGAUUAAGCAUUCUGACAACCUAUGGAAUUCAUUCACUUGCAAAUAUGGAGCUUUGGAGUAUUUUUCUUCUUGCGUCUCUUUUCAUACUGUUCGGGAUGAUUAUGUUUAUCAUCUGGAGACAACCUCAAAAUCAACAGAAAGUGACAUUUAUGGUUCCGUUCUUGCCAUUCUUGCCAUCUUUAAGCAUCUUAGUGAAUAUAUACUUGAUGGUACAGCUGAGUGGAGAGACAUGGAUCAGGUUCAGCAUCUGGAUGGCACUUGGACUCCUGAUUUACUUUGCAUAUGGCAUCCGGCAUAGUAUGGAAAGCUGUCCCAAAGAGGAAGAGGAAGAUGAUGACAGCUGCUCAGAAAGAAGUGAAACUUUAGAAAAGAAGCAACUGGGAGAUACAAGUGAACUUGAACAUGCAAGUGAAAGUGCUCACUUUAUUCCACAUGAAAAGACAAGUGAAUGUUAGCGGUCAUUGAUAAACCUGUUGUGUGCGCUUUUAGGCAGUGAUGGCAGCAGAAUGGAGUUGCUGGUGAAAUGGUGAACUACUUGCUCCCCACCAAAUUAGCAAGUAACCCACUUGUGCUUUAUGGAAAUAUCUAGUAGAAUACAUGAAAGAUGAUCUAAAUUAGUUGCUAGAUAUCUCUUCCAUCAGAGACUUGCCUCAGAGAGUUGCAAUCUUUAAAAAAAAUGAGCAAGAAAGUGGAGGGAAAUAAAUUUUCCAAGGGGGCCAAUCUGACUCAUCUGUCACGUUAAAGAAGUUGGUGAUUUCCUUAACAGUAUCUUACAACUUUAACUGGCAUAUACUAUAUAACUAAUUAUUAAGGAAUAGCUAAAGAAGAAGAGUUGAAUAUUAUGGUUUAUAAUACUGGAGAUGUAUUCUUAACUGCUUUUAAAACUAGGGCAGCAUUGCUAAAUAAUCACACAACUACUUGAUUUCCAUCACUCUUUGUACCUUCCCAUACCUUGUUUCUAACCCAGCCACCUUUUGUGGUGUCUUCUUCUGUGUUGUUGCUCCACAUUGCUCCUGUGAGUGAGAGGCUGAGGCUAUCCUUAGCUGUACAUUAUAUCAGAAGCAAACUCAGAUGUAAAAAAGCUCAGUUAUACUUUGUCGUCCGGAGUGAGGUAAUGGUCACUGACUGGGAACACAGCAGUCGUGACAGGAUGAGACUGGCAAGAAGAAUAGAAAAUAUAAUACAAUACAAUAUUGAGCCGAUUUAAGGAUGAGUGGAGAUGACCUCAAUUCAAUAGUGGGGAAAGGUCCCAGAUUCAUAGAAAUUGCUCGGGGGAAAAACACAUUUAUCUGACCUAACUUCUGCUUUGGAGUUAUUCGCAAGCAGUAUAAAUCAUGACAAUUCUUCUAAAAAAAUAUUUAAGAAUAUUUGAAAUGGAUAUAUUUGGUAGAAAAUCUAGUUUGAAAUUCUGUUUGUAUCAGUUUUAUUUCCCAAUUCUUCAUCCUUGCCAAUGAAAAUGAAAAACACGGAUGAAUGAUUAAUUUAAACAAAUGAUGAAGCACUAGCAAAAUGGCACUUCCAUGAAACUGAAGUUUGCAAAAUGCUGAUGCAUCUGUUGACUUCCUUAAUAUAUGAAUGUCCUGAGCAUGUCAACACUGCCAGAGACUGGGCUGCAGAACUGUGCACCCAUAUAUUAACUUGGUUGAUUAUUCAAUUAAAUAUAGAGGAAAAAACUCUAUUCAAAAACUGGCUGAUUUGGGGAUGGUGGUGAGUAGAAUAAGUGUUGAACUUGCAUGUUCUUCGCUCCUGCUCCAAUUACAAAGAAUUUGGAAUGUUUCAUUUAGGUCAUUGACUGCUGUCUGCACAUUUCAUCACAUCCUUAUCAGGUGGUGAUUACUUUUAACUAAUUUAAAAUGUCAAUUUCAAACUAUAGUUUAUAAAAUAAUUUAAAUAAUCCACAGUUAAUAGGAACAAAAGUGAAACAUGUUAGAUUAGAUAUGAAGGACUGUCCUCUACCGUCACUUCAGGAGUUAGGACUAGGCAGUGCAAGUUUUGGGCCUACUACCACUUGUUCUCCUCACCAUAAAUUGUGGUUUCUCCACAACACCCAAACAUAGCCAUUAAAUUCUUCUUCCUGUCUAGGAAGCAAUUCUCUUCAAAUUCUUUUGUCAUCAGAGGUGAUAUUAUUUAUUAAAUAACUCAUGAAUAAAUUUUUAUUUUUGUGAUGUUCCCUCUGUUUAUGAAAUAGAGGUACCAUAUGUAUGUAUAUAUUGCAGAGAGGAUGGGGGAAAAUGAAAAACAUAGCUCAAAUGUUUUUCCAAAACUAAUGUUUAAGUGUGAUAGGUCUUUCUUAAACUUUGAGAGAAUGUGCUGGUACCCAUUGCUGGCUUUACCUUUUGGGUAAGAUUGUCAGUUGACACUAUAUAAGAUGGUUAUAUAGUUAGUUCCCAACGUAUCAUUUGGGAUAAGUCAAGGCACUGAAUCUACUUUAAGAAGCAUUAUGUAUAAGUGUCAGCAAGUCCCAAAGAAUUUUUUUUUCUUGAAUCCAAGUGGGUUUAUUUCCAUCUUUGUUUGACCAUGUAAGGAUUCGUUUUUAAUUUUCAGGUUCACUUUCCUUAAACAGCCAAUAAAAUGUUAACAAAUGUAAUGAAUAAUUUAAAAACUGAUAUCUAAUUAUGGGUUGCUUUAAUAUACUGUACUUACAUUUGCACUAUUUUUUCCUACUUCAGCCUGCUUAUUUAUGUAUAACUUGUGAAACUAAUAUGUCAUUGCAGACUUUAGUAUGAAUAGCAGAUGUGGGAGCACAAUUAUUUUAAAAAAAAUGUAAACAUACAAACUUCAUUUAGCUUUCUAUGCUCAAGUUUAUAUAAAUGGAUACAAAACAUUUACAAAAAGACAAGAAGGCACUUUGAAGAAACAACUGUGCUGUCACCAUUUGGUCAUCUCAGAUAUACAUGUGAAUAUUGAAGUUCUAUAUGUGCAAAAGAACUAUACAUCUGGAUGUAUUACUUGUGUCAUUACUUAUAUAAAACAGGCAAACAUACAUGGACUUUUUCUUUAAAUUAAAUUUAGGGAAUAACUUUCUGAAGGAAAGUCGAUAAAAUGGAGAACUAGAUUUUAAAUUUUUUAGGAACUAUCUGUGGAAAAACAGCCUUGUGACUAAAAUUUUAUGUAUAUUAUGAUCAUUAGUUACAGUAUACAGAAUAAUUCUCCUCAUCCAAUUCCCAAACUGUUAUAAAAUUAGAUGGAUGUUCUUUUAUGAAAGAAUAACAAAGAAGUUCUUUUUACAUCUACAGUAUCUUUUCAAAGUAGUUAUCUAAAGUUAUUUUAAACUCUUUUAAGAUAUCUUUUCAUAUGUCUUUAGCUUGUUUAAUUUUAAUAGAAAUAUGUAUGUUGUAGAUUAUUUAUACAAGCUGUGAGACAGAACAAAAUUUAGAGAAACCUUCAGACAGAAUAUUCAAAAUUUACAUAUUUUGUACUGAUUCCAAAACUGAUAAUGAAAGUGCUGCUUCUUAGACAAAAUCCUUCUAAAUGAGAAAAGAAAUAUUUCUAAUUAAAUUUGUUUAUUUAUAUUUUAAUAUUUUUCUGCAAAAGGCCACAUUGAAAUUAUGCACAGUGCUUUAGAAGUAAAGAAUUAUCAAAUCCUAGAUAAUUAUUAGAAUCUAGUUGAUUCUAGAUAUUCAUCAUUACUUUUCAUGUGCCUUUGUUUUUUUAUCUUGCGGGUAAAUGCCUCUCCGCCAAGCAAAUGGAAAAUGUUAACCCAAAUUGAAAAAUGCUAGGGAAUGCCAGGACACUUGGCAUUCAGACAUCAAUGUACACAUAAACACACCAUUCCAAGGAGCCCUUUAGAAAAAGCCAGGAAUGAAAGACACAUUCUGUCUAUUUGCUAACAUGCAGACAAGCAGGGAUUAACCCCAGACAAUCAGACAGAAAACAAUACCCUAACCAAGUAACUACGAAGAAGAAAACCGCACACCCACCAAAAGUCUCAGGGAAAGCUACUUUAUAUAUAGACAACACUUGCUCUAGUGAUGUUACCUAGUUAGGUAAUAAAUAUAUCUGCAAGCAAACAACCAAGCUCAGAGAGCACCAAGAACUCCACAGAAAAUGUUAAACCUAAGACUUACAUACAAUCAUCUUAGAUCAAAACGAUCAUACGGUUCUUGAGUUUCUUUUGAAACUCGAUUCGGGUUAUAUUGGGUAGCUUUACCAUUGGUAAAAGUUGGGUGAUUCUGAGACAGAAAGAUCUUUAGGCCCAUAGUCAAGUACAUUUGUGAGUAAUCCCUAAAUGCACAUACACUUAGUGUUACGCAGUAGUAUUGCCAGUAGGCUUCGUUUUACUACCCUGAGAAAAAGCCCCAAUAAAAUUGAAGGUAUUUACUUCUGAAUCAACAUGCAGUUCAGUAAAUAGCUUUCAUAUAUUUAGGGCUGAGCUAGUCAAUGGUAAUAGUGCCUUUGUUUUUAAUAAAUAAAAAAUGUAAUUGUAUUUUUCCUGUGGUCACUCUUAAAACACAUAAGUCUAGUUGGGUGUGAUCACUUACAGUACUUGUUUUGAGGUUACUGUACUUACUUAUAUUGAAAUAUGUAGUAGCGCUAUAAGGAAGCCUAAGUAAAAUAUAUGCAUAGACAUAAAAAUCUGAGGAUGUUAUAAUUUUUCACAAUUUUUGUCGGGUGUAAUAUAGCAUUGAAUGAAAAAGAGUAUAUGGGUAGUCCUCAACUUACAACUAAUUAUUUAGUGACUGUUCAAAGUUACAACAGCAUUGAAAAAAGUGCCUUAUGACUGUUUUUCACAUUUAUGAUUGUUGCAGCAUCCCCAGGUUCACAUGAUUAGAAUUUGGACACUUGGCAUCUGGGAUAAAUUUAUGAUGGUCUCAGUGUCCUGUGGUCAAGUAACCACCUUUUGCAAUCUGACAAAGUAAAGUCAAUGAGGAAGCCAACUUCACUUAACUCUGUUCUAACUUAACUUCAGUGACUGACUUAACAGCUGUGGCAAGAAAAAUUGUAAAAUAAGUCAAAACUCACUGCCUUGUUUAGCAAUGGAAAUUUUGGACUCCAUUGUAGUCAUAAGUCAAGGACUACUUCAGUGGUGAAAUCUGAACUAGUGUGCCACCGGUUUGCUAGCCAUGCAUGUGCAGUACGUGCCAAAUGCACAUUGCACGCCAAACCAUGGAAAAAGGAAGCUUGGGAAGGUAAGUAGAACAGCGAGGGGGGGGGGAAACAGCUGUGCCGCGUGAUUUAAAUUGGCUAGAAGGCACAGCUGAUCAUCAGAAAUAGCAGCUUGGAGGAACUGGUAGCAUCUUUUUUACUAUCGGGUCGCCCGAACCGGUAGUUUUUAUCACUGCCAGUUCACCCGAACUAGUGCAAACCAGUAGCAUUUCACCACUGGACUACUUUUAUUGUAUUUGCUGUGUAGGCUUAUGUUGGCUGAAUCCUUUCCCCAGUUACAAGCCAUUCUUUCAGAAGGUCCAAACAUUUUUUAGAAAGAUCUGAAUUAUAGAACACCUUUUUGUAUACUGUAUAUUGAUUUUUAAAUUUGUUCUCUAGAAACAAUAUUUUAUACAUGUACUCCUAUGUAGGGGGUUUUCAGUGUAGACAUUUUAGCAUAAAGCAAAAGGUAUUCAAAUGUAGUUUGGAGAAAAAUUCACUAUAAUGGACCUUGGGUAGGGUGACUUUUAGUGAAUCAAUGUUUCUGUAAAUAUGUAUUUUUUUUCUUUCUCUUCUUGUCAACCUCCCAUAAAACUAAAACUUGAGUGGGAAAUCUAGGAAACUAGAAUAAAUCUCAUAACAGGUCACAUGUCUAACAUUUUAUGCAAAGUUAGCUGUAUCACUGCCUAUGUGUAUAUAAGUAGAUAGAUGACUGUAAUCAUUAUUACUGUGUAUAUGUUUGUUGUUUACUAAAGGGGAGAAUCUUUUUGUAAAAGUACGGCACGAUAUUGUGUAAACAACUAAAGGAAAAAAAAUCCACUUUUAUUAAUGUAUAAUCACUUGCAACAUGUGAAAUAGUAAAAAUGUAAAGGAAAAUCGGUGCUUUUAAAAUAAUAAAUGAUAAGAAAAUGUUCUUGCUGUUGCUCACUGUAAAAUACUGCUUUGAAGAGGGUUGUGCAUUUGUUCUCUAUUUUUUAAAAUAAAACUGAAAAAAAUGUGCAUAGA